CGCUGGCCUUUCUUAAGAUCGAGAAGUGACCGCGAGUUAAAAGGGCUUAUAAAGAAGAAUUUAGUGUUAAUUUUAUUUAAUUUAAAUAAAAAAACGUGCAUGUUACUAAACAAAGAUGCAAGAAAGUGUAUAAUUGAUAUAAUUUCAGUUUAAUUGCCGAAGGAGCGGCUGCUGUUCCGAUUGAUUUACCUGCUUAAAGUUACCCAAAGUCUUUUUAAAAUGGCUUAGAUCAGCUUAAAAUAAUUUGAAUAUUUUUGUUUUAAAAAUUAUUUGACAAUUAUUUACAAUGGUGUUGGCAUUAAAAGUGGUGGUCAAGUUUUUGUUAGUGUUUGCUGUUGCAAGGGCGAUACAUUUUGAUAAUAAGCUUACUGUGAUAAAAAAUGAUUGUUAUGAAAGGUUGGCUAUAGGAGAAAAACUAAGCCCACAACAAACAUACAAGACUUUCGCACACAAUACCGUUUCUCAAUGCGAAAUGGAAUGUACAAAAGAGCACAAGAGAUGUCGAGCCUACAGUUUUGGCAUAGGUCCAAAGGGCAAUGGAACAUGCCUAUUGGGCAAAUACAUCAUAAAAGAAACCGCAGACUUAAAACCCAUUGGUACGAUCAAAGAUACUGAUUAUGACCUAUAUACCAAGACACUGGAUUGUCAAAUAGUCUUAGAACCACCGGAGCACCAUGAAGAACAACCAGCUACUCCGCCAGUUAAAAUAAAAGUAAGUAAACCUGCUCAUGACGGAUAUGCGGUUCAGGAACAACAUGGAGACCACCAUAUACCAGCCCAAACUAACCACCACCACAACUCAAUCUCACAACCAACUGGAUAUCAAUAUGCUAAGCCUCAAGGUCAGGCACCAGGACAUGUAGGUUCUCAAGGAGAUGAUCUUCACCACGUCCAGGCACUGGUGAGCAUAGCCUCUGGACCUGAGAACGUUUUACAUCCUGUACAUGACAUUUUGGUAUCCCAAGACAACUAUCCCCCGAAGCCGGUCAAUGGGCACUUGCCACCGUUUAGGCCUUCAGCCCUACCAAAACCUUAUGACGACCACAAACUACAGCCAGCAAAUUUACAGUUUGGGUAUGGCUAUGGGAGCCUUAGCUACUUGCCAAACACUCAUAUGGAUCAAAAUAGUAGACCUGAUCCAGAGAUUCCUUCUAGGCCCUCUUAUGAAUUAAAUUCUGGAUAUGGAAAUGGUCAGGUUCAGGUGGACCGACGAAAGUACCAAUCCCAUCACAGUUCUUAUAAUUCAUAUGAGUCUGAGAAUCACAGGUACAGUCUAGAGCAUGCCGAAGACUACAAUCCAAACUACAAUUUUUACGACCACUAUGAAAAACCUUUUCCAAAUUACCCCAAUAAGUACGGAUCCGUUAUUCCUCAUCCGAACGACUAUAAUCGUCCAGACUACGACUAUUUAUUUUUGAGACCUGGAAAUGACCCCAGUAGACCUGACUGGGGUGAAUCUGGAUAUGGGAGGCCUAUAAAGCCCAAUUAUGAACAUAAAAUGCCUCAUAAAGCUUCGGGAUAUAUGCCUGGCAGGCCUUCUGGAGAUGGUGCAAUGGCUUCUGGAUUUUCUAGACCUAAGUCUAGUUAUCACGAUUUAAGUGCUGAUUAUGAACAUGGAUUAGGUUUGGGAUUUGGUGAUAGGCCUAUAAAGCCUAGUGAAGACUCUAUUUAUAGACCUAAUAGACCCAGUUAUCAUGAUACACAUUCUGAUCGUGAACCUGGAUAUAGCAAUAACCUUUCCAGGCCUAGUGAAGACCUUGUUUAUGGACAUCCUAGACCUAGUUCACACUCUAAUCAUGAGCCUGGGGUAAAUUUCGAUUAUGGCAAUAAACCUUCCAGGCCUAGUGAAGACUCCAUUUAUACUAGACCUAGUAGACCCAGUUACCAAGAUGCACGUCCCGAUCAUAAACCAGGAUAUGGUGGUGACCCGUUCUCUGGAUACAAAUAUAAUGUUCCGGGAUAUGGUACGCAGGUAUUGGAAGAGAAUCCGACCAAUUUAAGUUCGAAUUCUCGACCAACAUCCUCGGGGCUAUCCAACCAUUACGGAGGAAUUGACUACGGAAAUAGAAAUUAUAGAAAACCGGAGACGGGAAAUCGAAAAGUCGUGACAAGUGGUAGUGAUUAUGGUGGUAAGCACGUGGUUACUGGGAUUAUCAAGGAAAUUAAAGAGGCAUGCUUUAGAAGAUCAUUCGCGGGUAAACGUGUGGUAAGAAGUCUAGUCCAAAAGCUGUUAGACUGUGACACAGUCGAGCAGUGCCAACAAGAGUGUGCCGAUGAACGCCAAUUCACUUGUGAAGGAUUCAAUUACAGGUUGGAUCCAACCGGUAGGGGAAAAGGCGAAUGUGAACUCCUUGACCUUCCAUUGUCCAGGCUCGACUUAUCCCGUGAUAUCGUCAGAGAUCCAGACUAUGAUAUUUACACCAGAGACCGAAAUGCUGUUCAAGUGGGCUGUAGGCAGUUUCCUGCCAGUGCAAGCUUUCAUCCUGGAACCUAUGGAGGAGGGCAUGGACUCUACGAUAGAUUUGAUGGUGGAAAUAGACGAGGGGAUGGAUUAAGACCACUUGAACGACCAUUGUCAGCCAUAAUUCCACCUCUACGUCGCCCGACUGAUAAUUGGGAAGAUGGUUACAGAGAAGAUAAUCUACGACCCAGACCUCUCCUCCCGCCUCCUCCGCCAGUUGAUCGAAGACCUUCUCCACCUCUUCCAAGACCUCCCUAUGACGAUACAACAAGACAAGAGUACGGAAACCGAAGAGGAGACUACUCAUUCCAUCAUCACUCACACGAAUCACAUCACAGCAGUUACCAUUACAAUGAACACAAUGUAGAUAGUUUUGAUUAUCACGGGGAACGUCAGAGGCCUUCUGGAAUUCAUUACCUUCCUGGUUCCUCUUUUGAUCAUGCUCCUCCUAAGAAAUAUCCAGUUAUCGUACCUCUGGAUGAUAAGUACCAUCAAUCCCCUCCCAUCCCACCUUUAGAACCGGCAUAUUUUGAAGAUCGGUAUCGUCUGCAUAACGGUUACUCGGGUCAAAAGUUUUGGAGAUAUGGAGAAGAAUAUGGAGAUCGUUUUAGACAUAAAGAUCUUCGUAACUACUACGUUCCAACAAAACCCCCACCAAAACCAUACAUACCAGAAGAUUGGGGCGCUUAUGGUGGCUCCUAUGGAACAGGAGGCCUCUCGUUGGAAUACCAAGGCUACGGGGAUAGAAAGAGCUACAACUACUGGGGCCUCAACAAAUUUGAGAGAGACAAACAGUCAUCAUUAUAUGGUUCUGAUCGGCCUGGAAGACCCUUAUUAAGGCCUCAAGAGCCUUACUUACCUCCAUCAAGACCCGCUUCUAAUGGACUUGGGUACUUACCAUAUGACUCAAACGGCUUUGAACUGGAUAACCAUAUUUCACCUGCCGAACCCAGAAAACCUCCAUUUCCAAUUUUAAAAGAUGAAUGUUCUCUGCGUAGUGCCACUGGGUUUCGUCUGCACAAGAGCGUAGUGAAAAAGCUGUUUACGGUGCCAAAUAUUUACGAAUGUGAGCUGUUGUGUGUUAAUGAGAAGGAGUUCUUUUGUGCUUCUUAUGCUUUCAGGUAUACAAUACAUGUGGGGGACUUGGCAGCAGACAACUGCUAUCUGAGCACUAGAAACCAUAAAGAAUUAGAUUAUUAUACGGACUUGGAACCUGAUAAAGACUUUGACAUUUACACCAUGAAUAAUCGUGUCAGAUGUCAAGAGCCAAUGCUAGUGCUAGGAAGAGAAGAGAGUGAAUGCUUUUGGAGAGUGAGAAGUGGUCAAAGACUGGACCAUUCAGUAGUAAGAGACUCUCUUACUGUUAAAUCAAUUGUGGACUGUCAGUUGGAGUGUUUGAGGUCCAGGAGGUUCACCUGUAGAGCUUAUAGCUUUAGAUAUGGAUCUCCAAUAAUUGGAGGAAUAAUAGACAACUGUCAACUGACCGAUUGGCCCUAUUUCGAUCUAGAUCCCAAAUCCCAUUUUGUACCAGAACCGGGUUUUGAAGUAUACGAUCGGGGCAGUUAUGGACAUGGUUGUGAACCCAAUCACUUCGGUAUUGGGGGAAAAGCUCCAGUUAAAAAUGACGAAGGGGUGAAAAUUGACCAAUUGUGUUAUAUUGGGUUCGGAUCAGCCGCCAAGUUAUUACCCCAGGCCACCAUAAAGUCUUUGUAUGUUCCUACUGAAUUGGAUUGCAAAGUAGAAUGUUCCAAAGCCAGACAAGGAAAUGCGUUUAGGUGUAUGACUUUCAGUUUUGUCACUGAUGGUCCUAAAAUAGGACAUAACUGCUAUCUCUCUGAUAUUAUGCAGAGAGAUCUGUUGCCGAAUGUUGACUACGUUGACGAUCCAACGUCCUGGCUGUUCACUUGGGACAAUCAUAAUCCUGAGUGUGUAAAUUUAGCAUAUAAGCAUUUGCACGAUGGGGUUUCUAGUAAGGGAUUUGAGAAUGAUGCAAGAGAUUAUGUAAACGCGCUGGACGUUUGGAGGGUGUACAGUGUCAAAGGGUGGCCCUGCAAACGCGGUACCCUUUGUAAAGAAAACCGCGUCACCGGAUUUUGGUACUGCGAGUUGGAAGGGGGCGAGCACGAUGCUUGGGACUACUGCUGCAGCCCCGAUCAUCAUUGCGGAUUCUCGAAUGGAUAUCCUUACUCCUGGUGCUACGUAGGACCAUCCAGAACCCAAUGGCGCAAAUGUAACGAUCAAUACUACCCUUAUAUCCACAACGUCCUAGACCGGUUUGACACUGAUAAAAGGCCAUGGCACACCUCCGGUUACAUUCCACCACCUCCUCACACUCACGGAUACAGACCUGAUAGACCGAGUGCACCUUUGAGGCCGGAGGGACCUAAGCCGAGCCUGGACGAGUACGAGCAACAAUUCGAUAGUGAAUUUUUAAGUCCUCCUAAACCAGGUGGUUUUGGGCAACCACGAAGAUGGCCGGUCUCUUACCUCCAUAAAGAGAUGCCACCAAACAAUACCCAACCAGAUGCCAAAUCAAGCCGUGUAGAAUCACCGGAAAACUCAAAAUUAUCGGCGAUCAAGAGUCUCAUUGACGUAAUCAAAAACACCGAAGUUGAGAACGUGCAGUACCACAUAUCCAACGAUUCCAAGAAAUCCGAUGAUAUUUUAUACGUUAAAAUACCAAUACCAACUUUUGAUGAUGACACUAAUAACUCCACCAAACAAAGUAAAGGGGAUGGUAAAGUGAGUUUUGAAACGGUCGAGUCUAAUAAGGAAGAGAGUUUAAGAGGACAAAAGUCCUUGCGGGUAGAGAAUCAACCUGCGUUUAAUAAAUACAAUGCAAAUACUAACGCAAAUCAAUAUAGUCAAACCAGAGAGUACCUCACAAAAGAACCUGAAAGGAAAUUUCCAGUUUAUAGAAGAGGAUUUGUUACAAGAACUAACUUAAGUAGUAGCGGGCAUAUUAGGUCCUUAUAAAUAGUUAUUAGACCUGUGAAUUAUUAAAAUAUUAAUGAAA